GUCGGUUGGUUCAGUGCAUCAAUUUACUUCCGUUUAUACGUUGUAUUUAAACUACGGUAUUUUAGGAAAGGUUGACUGAGCAACCAAAGAAGUACAACAUAAAAUGUAUUUUUGAUUCAGAUUGGUUUGUGUUAUUAUCGCAAGCAUAUCAACCGUUCAGUGUAGUAUUGGAGUUCACCGACACGCCAAAAGUGUUUUGGAAUACAAGAACUAGCACCAAUUCAAGCUGCAACAAUGAAACGUCUUGUGCAUCACAAUUACGUUAUUACAAUCAGUGCCAUUGGAAUCCUUCUUCCUUUAUCAGUUCAGACAGCCGCUCCAGUGUUUAGUAAGCCCUCCCCGCUUGACCAACAGACGUCAUGCUUUGAAAAUAUUGCCUCGUCAUCAAGCAUAUACCGCGUGUCCGCCAGUGACGCUGAUGGAGAUACUGUUACUGUGGCGAUACACAGCCAGAACCCAUCAGAGCCUCCAUUUCAAUUAGCGAAAGCAAUUAUUGGAUGGAAUCUGAUGACUCCAUCAUCGACCACGAUCGACCGAGAAACUACACCAACAUUUACAUUUGUUUUCAAUGCUUCAGACGGUAACAAUACCGUUCAAAGCGUCACACUGACUUUGAUACUAACCGACCUAAACGACAACAGCCCCCAUUUUACGCAAAGCGCAUACAGAGUGGACCCACAUUUGUUGACAAUACGUGCAACGGAUGCAGAUGUCUCAAAUACGAUAAACUAUGUUAUCAAAGAGCCCAUUCCAAACAACAUGUUUUCUAUAGACAUAAACACGGGACAGAUUAUAUUAAAGACGUUAACAUUCACUGUAGAGGCCAGUGAUGGUACACAUGUAAACACCACUACAGUCGCAACUGGAACAGUUGUUGGACAACCAUGUAAUUCGUCACCGUGUCUAAACAGUGGGACGUGUUCUACAAACGGAGCAGAUUUUGCGUGCACGUGUACUUUAGGAUGGCUCGGCAAAACGUGCAAUAUAACGGAUCCGUGUAUUCCAUCGCCUUGCAGCAAUGGAACGUGUUAUAAAAGCGGAUCAAAUUACACAUGCUUGUGCACUGAAGGUUGGCUCGGGGACACAUGUAACCAAGUUAAUCCAUGUGAAUCCUCGCCAUGCUCAAAUGGAGGCACGUGCUACGUAAAUGGCACGAAAUUCACCUGUUCCUGUGAUACAGGUUGGCUCGGGGAAAGAUGUAAUUCAGCGGAUCCGUGUAUUUCAUCGCCUUGCAGCAAUGGUACUUGUUAUAGAAACGGAUCUAAUUACAAAUGCUCGUGCAAUGAAGGUUGGCUCGGGGACACAUGUAACCAAGUUAAUCCCUGUAUCUCGUCACCGUGCUCAAAUGGAGGCACGUGCUACGUCAAUGGCACGACAUUCAUCUGCUCGUGUGAUGCAGGUUGGCUCGGGGACAUGUGUAAUACAGCUGACCCGUGUAAAUCAUCACCGUGCCUAAACAGUGGAAUGUGUUCUCAAGUCGGAACAGAUUUUGCGUGCACAUGUACUUCAGGAUGGCUUGGAAAAACGUGCAAUAUAACGGAUCCGUGUAUCCCAUCGCCUUGCAGCAACGGAACAUGUCAUAAAAGUGGAUCAAGUUACACAUGCUCGUGCAAUGACGGUUGGCUCGGGGACACAUGUAACCAAGCGGAUCCGUGUAUUUCAUCGCCUUGCAGCAAUGGUACUUGUUAUAGAAACGGAUCUAAUUACAAAUGCUCGUGCAAUGAAGGUUGGCUCGGGGACACAUGUAACCAAGUUAAUCCCUGUAUCUCGUCACCGUGCUCAAAUGGAGGCACGUGCUACGUCAAUGGCACGACAUUCAUCUGCUCGUGUGAUGCAGGUUGGCUCGGGGACAUGUGUAAUACAGCUGACCCGUGUAAAUCAUCACCGUGCCUAAACAGUGGAAUGUGUUCUCAAGUCGGAACAGAUUUUGCGUGCACAUGUACUUCAGGAUGGCUUGGAAAAACGUGCAAUAUAACGGAUCCGUGUAUCCCAUCGCCUUGCAGCAACGGAACAUGUCAUAAAAGUGGAUCAAGUUACACAUGCUCGUGCAAUGACGGUUGGCUCGGGGACACAUGUAACCAAGCGGAUCCGUGUAUUUCAUCGCCUUGCAGCGAUGGGACUUGUUAUAGAAACGGAUCCAAUUACAAAUGCUCGUGCAAUGAAGGUUGGCUCGGGGACAAUUGUAACCAAGCGGAUCCGUGUAUUCCAUCGCCUUGCAGCAAUGGAACGUGUUAUAAAAGCGGAUCAAAUUACACAUGCUCUUGCAAUGACGGUUGGCUCGGGGACACAUGUAACCAAACGGAUCCGUGUAUUCCAUCACCUUGCAGCAAUGGAACGUGUCAUAGAAGCGGACCCAAUUCUACAUGCACGUGCAAUGAAGGUUGGGUCGGAGACACAUGUGACCAAGUCAAGCCAUGUAAACCCAAUCCAUGCAAAACAGGGGAAACGUGCAUUGCCUCUGCGAAUAAUUUCACAUGUGAACAUUCCUCUGGUCCCCAGGAAUAUAACAGUUCUACUGAGAAGAAAAGUGGAGACUAUUUGUUUCCGAUUUACAUCGUUAUUCCAGUAGUGGGUAUUCCCGCCUUAAUCCUUUACUCAGCAUUGUUGGUUCACAUCUUUCAUCACAAAUGGCGGCGUAACCAGCUAGAAGACCGCACUAAACACUGACUUACUAUUCUGUACCGGCAAGUCGUUUAUAAUUAAACCCACGUUGGGCGCUGAGAGUUGCAUUUCAUAUUACCUAUCAGUCGACAUAUUCGUUAGAAGGUGUUCUUCUUUAUUUUUGUAAUAUUUGGUGUUUGUUAAAUAUUUAACAUGUUAAAGGACUCAGUUGAAUUGCGCUUUGAGGUAUAAACCAACCUAGUAAGUUUUAUUCGUUGGCAAUAGAAAAUAAUGUAAAAAUGAUUCACUUACCAACAAUCCUUGUACAAGUACCUCGCGCAUCAAGUUCUUUUUACCUAUAUUGGUAUAUGCUAACCAGUAGAUACAAGUUACAAAAUCCGUUACUUAUGUAUUAUGAUUGUCGGUACUUGUAUGAAAAUUAUGACUUAGCGAACGACUUGAACAUGUAUUUUUUAUUAAAUUCUCCUGAAUACCGUUAGGGCCAUCGUGUUUACACAUUAAUAUUCAGAGGGCGACAAUGCGAAAGUGCGAUAGUACAAUGGCGACGAUGCGAUAGUACGAUGGUGACAAUGCGAAAGUACGCCGGCGACAAUGCGCCAACGCGAUUGUUCGAUGGCGACAAUGCAAUAGUACGAUGGCGACAAAUCGACAACUCGAUAGUACGAUGUCGCCAUCGUACUAUCGCAUUGUCGCCAUCGUAUUGUCGCACUGUCGUAAUCGUGUUGUCGCACUAUCGCAUCGUCGCAUUGUCGCCAUCAUACUAUCGCAAUGUCGCCAUUGUAUUGUCGCCAUUGUAUUGUCGCACUGUCGUCAUCGUAUUAUCGCAUUGACGCCAUCGUUUUGUCGCACUGUCGUCAUCGUUUUAUCGCAUUGUCGCAUUAUCGCCAUCGUACUAUCGCACUGUCGCCAUCGUAUUGUCGCACUGUCGUCAUCGUAUUAUCGCACUAUCGCAUUGUUGCAUUGUCGCCAUCAUACUAUCGCACCGUCGCCAUCGCAUUGUCGCACUGUCAUUGUACUAUCGCAUUGACGCCAUCUCACUAUCGCGUUGUCGCAUUGUCGCCAUUGCACUAUCGUAUUGUCACCAUCGUACUAUCGCAUUGUCGUCAUCGUACUAUCGCAUUGUCGUCAUCGUACUUUUGCAGUAUCUCAUUGUCGCCCUCUGACUUAAAUGUGAAACCACGAUGGCACAAGGUAUUCUGUAAAACUCAGCAUAGACAAUUGUGAUGUGUCAUCUCACACUCAAAGAUUGGUCUACGUUUAUGUCUGAUAUAUCAUUUAAUUUAACAUAUUCCGGUGUUAAUUGUCUACCAUUAAUGUAUACGUCCCUGUGAUAUAUGUUGUAUAUCUCAUAAAUUUGUAUUUGCUAAUAUAUGCCGACGAUAUUGCAAUUAUGUGUGAAUCUGAAGAAGAAAUGCAGAAAGACGUGUUUUAGUUGGAAGAAUACUGUAAACGAUUUGCACUUUAUGUAAAUUCAGCUAAAACCAAGGUCGUUAUUGUCAUAAACGUGGAUCAGAUGACGAAAAAUAUCAGGUUUAGCUAAAGGCAAGGAAAAAGAAAUAAUAUACACAUUUGAAUAAUUUGCAUUUGGAUUAAGUAUAGGUGGAUCUUUAGCACGUAUCUUGUCAUAUCUACAGGUUGAGGUUUAACAAAGCUAUUGUUUUAAUGUAGCUCACAUUUAAUUAAUUUUCCUUUAAUUUCUAUACAAACCAAGCUACAAGUUUUUUAUCAAUAUGUUUUGUAAAUUUGAAUGAAAACCUAAUAUAAACUAUGUCAGUUUUAAAAGUUUGAGAUUUAAUACAUUUAUUCAGACUUUCUACACACAGGCUAGAAGUUAAAUCAGGCAGACGGCAUAGCCAGAAGUGACACCUUUUUACAAAAAAAAUGCCAGCAUUGUUAUGAAUAUUAGUUACAUUGUAUACAAUAAUAAUGUUCACUAUAAAAUGAUAUUUGAAAAUGAAAUGUUACACAGUAUUACCGGUAAAGAAUUAGUUUAUCAAACUAUAUGGAAUUAAUGCAAUCUGAAAAUACAAUUUUUAACAGACACAUUGCUAUGUAUGUCAUAAUUCAUGUACUACAAGAAAAAAAAAACAUAUCAUAACGAUGAACAUUUGCUGAUUUACCCGCUUGAAUUCAUGCUUUAUCUCCAGCAUUGUAUUUUGAUUAAUUGAAUGACUGCUUUCGGAUUUCGAACCAAAAUA